AAUUAGAUUGCAUUAUAUGGGCCAUAAAACAUUUUCAUAUAUACCUUAGUGGAUCCAAGUUUAAAUUAAUUAUAGACCAUGCAGUGUUGAAGUAUUUAAACAAUAUGAAGGAACCAAAAGGGAAAUUAGCUUGUUGGAUUAUGACACUACAGUCUUAUAAUUUCGAAGCAGAACAUAGAUCAGGAAAGAAGCAUCAGAGUGUAGAUACAAUGUCUAGAAUAAAAUGGGAUACUAGGAUUAACUUAGUUAAAUAA